ACCCUGACAAGCCUGUGUUCCUUUGAAUCCUUUUGAGCAGCUUCAAGAGUCUGCUUUUUGAGCGAGCACUGCGUCAUGGCGGGCUUGGAAACAAACCUGGGCGAACUGUUGCUGACAGCAGCCCAAGCAACGCCUAGGUCUGUGUGUCUAGAGACCGAAGAAGCUGCAUACACUUUUGAGCAGCUUGCCUUGAUGGUGGCUAGCAUCCGAAGAGCACUUCGCAAGGCUCUGGGUUUGGAGCCUUCUCACCCAUUGCUGGAUCUUCGUGCGCAUGAGCGCCAUGCAGAUGAGCACGUGGUGACAAUUGUGUUGGAGAGGGGAGUGAAGAACAUUGCCUCUAUCCAUGCUGUGAUGCUUGAAAAGUGCGCCUACAAUGCCUUCGAUGUGGCAGAGCCAGUUGAGAAACUUCACAGCUGGGUCGAUAUCUGCCAUCCUGCGGUGAUCAUCUCCACUCAUGCUCUUUGCACACACUUGCGCCUUGAUGCUCUCUCCAAGUUCAACCAGUUCCGUCGAUACAUCAUGGAUGUUGAUUGGGCCUUGAAGCGUCAGCCAAUACCCAUAGCAGCCAAGCGUGACCAAGAGGACCUCGACCGGCUGGCAUACCUGAUUUUCACCAGCGGCAGUACUGGCGAGCCGAAGGCCGUGAUGAUUCGACAUGCCUCGGCCUUGAACGUGGCGCGCGUGUGGAGUGCAGCCAUUGGACUGUGCAACUCGGAUCGCUUUGCACAGAUUUCCUCGAUGUCCUGGGAUGUUCACGUCAUAGAGAUCUAUGGUGCAAUGGCUGUUGGGGCGACAAGUAUCACCUGUCCCGACCUGGUAAAGCAGUCUGGUCCGGAUAUGCUUCUGUGGCUGAGACAUAAGCAGGUCACAGGCAUCAGUGCGGUCCCAUCACACUUGCGCACCAUGGUACCUGUUGCUGGCAGCGAUGUGUCAAUGGACGUCAAUCUCCCACAGCUCCGCAUUGUCGAUGUGGGUGGCGAGGCUUUGGGUGCAGAUGUGGUCUCGACUUGGGCUCCUGGCCGUCUCCUGUUCAACAGCUAUGGGCCAACAGAGAUUUCAGUGGUUUGCACAGGCAUUGACGUGCGGCUGGGUGAUCCCAUUACUCUUGGCCCCGCUUUGCCCGGCUAUCAGUGCCACAUUUUGGACCCCAACACCUUUGCAAUGAAGGCUGUUGGGGAGGUUGGCGUCCUUUUCGUGGGUGGUGUAGGCUUGGCUCGUGGCUAUCUUGGUGAAGAAGGGCAGACCAAUCAGAAGUUCAUUGAACUCCCUGAACUUGGCCGACUCUUCAACACAGGAGAUCUGGCGUUCAAAGACGACGAAAACCGCUUGCAUUUUCGUGGCCGGGUGGAUUCCCAGGUGAAGGUGCGUGGCCUUCGGAUCGAGUUGGAGGCCUUGGAGGCUGCCAUCAUGGACUUGGGGACUGUGAAGCAUUGUGAGGCUCGGGUGUUGGAUGGUCGCCUCGUACUCUUGGCAUCUGGUUCUGGUUCCUUCCUUGAGGCUGAGCUGAAAGCCAAAGCUAUGUCCUUGGGUCGUGGCUAUGUCCUCAGUCAAGUGAAGCUGGUUGAGGACAGCGCUUGGAAGUUCAGUAGCGGUGGCAAGCUCCUGCGAAAUGUGGUUCCAUGGAGUGACAACGAUGGCUGGGAUGCUUUGGACUCUUUCCACCGAGUUGGUGCAAGAGCUCUUGAACUGGAGAUUGCGGCGUGUGUAGCAUUGCAAGUGAGAGGUGCUGAGUAUUGGGACCGAAAUUCACAUUUUGUGGAUGACCUGGGAAUCGAUUCUGCCGGCAUGGGGCAGCUCUUGGGACAGAUGCGAAGGAAACCCAGGCUGCAGAAAGUGGAUCUGCGUGAGCUUUUCAAUCAUCCCACAGUCAGCACGCUGGCCUCAUUCUUGUCUGAGCCUGAGUCCGAUCCAGAAGAAGAGCCCUUUGAUGGGGAGCAGACAGGGCAGAACUUAGUCAGUGCCAUUUGGAAAAGUGUGCAGACCAAGCCACACAGCAUUUGCUGCGAAUUGCCAUCCUCCUGUCUCAGCUAUACGCAACUCUUUCGCUUGGCCACAGCUUUUCGGCAACUGCUGCGCAGAAAUAGGACCACCACGAAUUGCAAGAAAACACCAGUGGCCAUUUGCGUGGACAUGAUGACCGAGCGAAUGGCUGCAAUGCUGGCAGUGCUCAUGGAGGGUCAUGCCUUUUGCGUCCUGGAUGAAGGCCAUGGGUUUGCUGACCAGUUGCAAGCCUUUGACGCUCAGUGCAUAUUGGCAAGCUCCAAGGAUGUUGUUUGGGCACGACUACAAGAAAUUUGCUACGAAGUUCAGGAAUUGCAGUGCAUCGAUGUGAGCAGUGCUUCCUUACCAUUGCAAGUUCGUGUGAAGUUGCCGGCCAUAGAUCCAGAUGAUGUUUGCUUUCAGUAUGUACAUGAAGAUCUGGAAGGACAUGAUGAAAGUGUUUCUGGAGGCCAGACAGCUCUGACAGUUCUGACGGCUUCGCACCGUGCGAUUCUGGAGCUGUUGGAUGCCUGGCCCGAGCUCCAGCGAGCGCGAGCGGCUUCGCUGCCUGCGACGGCACACCUCGCAGUGCUGAAGAUCCUCAUGAGUGGUGGAGCUUUGGUGGACAGAGACAGCGUAGAGACAUUGCUUUGCAACGAGUCAGGCCUGAAUGGAGAGGCUUUCACGUCGUUGCCUGUGCUUGUUGGUCAGAAAAGGUGCCUUGUAGUGACAGCGGGUCAAGCGAGUGCCGCGAGGGACUCCCUUGUUCGCCGAACCCGCGACAUGAUGACAGCUUCGUCGCUGUUUCCAGGCCUUUUGGGAGCAGCGGCCACUCACAGCUUUGGUGAGAAGAGUUGGCCAAAUUUUUGUGCUUGGGUUCAGGGAAGCAUCAUUCUGCUAGAGCCUGUGCUUAUGGCAACUCGAAUGAUGUUGGCAGAACGUGUCUUGUUGCCACUGACGUUUGCCAUACCUUUGUGGCAAACCUUUUUGCUGCUCUGGGCCGUCAUCAUUUGUGAGAAGAUCCUUCGAGUCAUUCUUUUGUUGGCUGCUAAGUGGGUGCUCAUUGGACGGUACAAGGAGGCAAAACAUGACAUUUACAGUUUGUUUUACUUGCGGCAUUGGCUGGUGGAGCGUAUUGCAGACGGCACCAUCAUUGGUACCGCAACACCUCCAGGAACCAGCGUGGCCCACCACUUUCUGCGGAACCUGGUGCUGAGAGCCCUUGGUGCAGAUGUGGCACUGACCUCUAUGAUCUUCACACGUGUUGUGGCUUUCGAUCUUGUUUCGGUGGGCCAUUUGGCCACAGUGAAUGGCUUGAAGCACCUUACUGCUGUGAACUAUGGAGAGGGGAAGAUGGUGUUGAAAUCCAUUUCAGUUGGCCAAGGCGCUUUUGUUGGCGCUAACGCUGUUCUGGAGCCAGGGUGUUCCGUUGCUGCAGCAGCCCACGUGGAAGCCUUGUCCAUGGUUCCUGCUGGCUCCAAAGUGUCAAGCCGAGUUUCUGGCGUUCCAGCUCAGGUCGUGAAUUGCGAUGCAGGUGUGGCAAACCCCCGAAGCAUUCCUUUGGAUGCAGACGUGCGCCAGUUCUGCAGAAAUGCAGCCCUCAUGGCCUCCACUUACUGGCUCAUGGUGGUGCCGCAGGCCCUGAUGCCUUUCAUCAUCAUCAUCAUGAUCUUUCAGCUCGAGGCGAAGCUAGAGUACCCAGAAGAUUCAGAGAAGGAAUUGGAACGCUUCGAUUCCUUGCCCGAAGGUGUCCUCAGAUUCUUGCCACAGCUUCCACUUUGGAGCUUUGCUUUUACUGUGCUGAUUCUGGCUCUGCAGCUGCUUUUGACCGUUUUGAUUUGCCGACUGCUUCCCAGAGUAAAGCCACCCUGUAGCUACUUGCUGACCAGCAUCCGGGGCCAGAUGGUCUCCCUGAAGAUGCGGUGGGCCAACCAGGCCUCCAACUUGCUGAGAGAUGCUUCGAUAGUGCCAGUCUUCAUGCGUAUGUGUGGUGCUCGUUUUGGCCGAGGAGUUGCCAUAGCCGAAGAAGUCGUGCUGCCUGACACAUUGGAGGUGGGAAAUGGUUGUUUCAUUUCUUCCCGGAACAUCCUCACCAGCGCGACAGUGGACCAGGGUCACUUCAGAGUUCCUUGCGUUACAAACCUUGGUGACCACAGCUUUGUGGGGAACGACAACUGCUUGCCUGCGGGCCUGCCAGAGGGCAGCUUCUGUGGUCUCAAUACAUCGCUACCAAAAAGGCCACAGCAGACAAAUUUGGGCUACUUUGGAACUCCGGCGAUGAUCUUCAAACGCCCCAGCAAGGACGGCCCACAGGAAGCGACGAGUCUACCAGCUUUUUGCUGGUUUCACUUCAGCACCAGUGUGAUUGACAUCUUCAUCCUCCGGGGCUUGAAGGGCAUGGUGCUUUCAGCUUCAUUUGUGAUGAGCAGGUACAGCUUCCCUGCAACCACAAACACUUCGGUUCUUGGAGUCCUAUUCAUGGUGAUGCUCAUAUACCUCAUUAUGAACGUCACAUCCUGGCUCGUCUUUUCUGUGAUCUUUGGCAGGCUCUUGUACAAUGAAACUACCCCAACCAGCAGUGCUUACCACUCCACGACAGUCACGCGGUGGUUCACAUCUAUCAUGCUCCAAAAACAUAUUUUCACUUCGCCCUUUCGUACGGUGGGAAGCUGCUGGCAUGCAAAUCACUUCCGGCUGCGAGGUGCUCGGAUUGGGAAGCGCUUCUUCUGCGUGCAUGACAUUGCCCUGAUUGAUGCACCUUUCAUCUCAAUCGGAGAUGAUGUCAUCGUAGACUAUGAUGCAGACAUCAGGUGCCACUCUUUCGAGGACCGUCAGUUGAAGUUUUCUCCGGUCAAGAUUGGCAACGGAGCAAGGAUAAUGGCAGCAGCCAAGGUUGCCAGGAGUGAUGUCGGCGAGGGGGCCGUGCUACGACCAUCAAGUGUCACUUGGAAGGGCAGCAACCUUGAAGCGAACAGAGUCUAUCAGGGCGCACCUGCAGGGGAAGCGUGUGCAUUCAAACCAUAGAUGGGCGCAGGUGCCUGACUGACAAGCGCCGGACUCAGGAGUUUUGACAUCCCAACACUUCAAUCGUUUGAAGCGGAGUGUUUGAAGUGGAAUUGUGAGCGGCACCGCGGGUGGCGUAUAGGAGUGUGCAUUUUUUUUUUCAACCUUUGCAUUUUGUACCCCCCAUAGAUUUGUUCAGGUGCUUGGUUUCAAUUAUAUAGACAGACUUUAGUCUGGAACCUGUAUAGUGCAGAAAAGUUCUUGAGCUCCCUGGCUGACAAGUGCUGGACUCAGCAGUUUACGUCCCCACACGUUAACCGUUCGAAGUGCAAGUUUUAAAGCGGAAGAGUGAAAUGAA